UACAGAUCCCACAUGUCGGUCGGCUAACCACAGUCACGGCAAGCAACGCUGCUCCCCUCGCAGUUCCACGACCGCCGGCCGGACCUCCGGUCAGUUGAGCGAUGGCGGAGAUCGCCAGCGACGAGGCCCCACGGCCACCUACCGUUUCCACCUCCAGCCAAGCCUCCGGAGGCCCGUCUACUCCCGCUCCCAACUCCUCCAGCAUCAGUAAGCCGCCGCUGCGCACGACGAAGCCCGGCGCGAAGCGCCUCGUCCUCACCGCAUCCGUCCUCCUCUCCUUCCUCCUCGGACUGCCCUUCCUGCUGAAAUCCACCGAGAUCCACCGCUCGCCACUGCCGUCGGACGCGAUCGCCGCCCUCUCCAGCCGCCUCCAGUACAACCCGCCUUCCUUCCCCUGCGGCAUCCACGCGGUAUUCCUCCGCUCUGACCCUAGCCCCGCUGAUGCCUUUCUCGCCAGUCGCCUCGAGCGGGAUAUCUCGGCCCAGCUCCAUCUCCUCCCCACCGCCUCCACUGCUGGUAACAUCUCGGUGUCAGUCACCGUCGAUUCAGCGGGUGUCUGCUCUAGCAGCGGCGGCGGCUCGCGUUGGCAUUGCGGUGCCGUGACCACCGCGGACCUGGUGCGUGGUGAUGAGGUGUUCGAUGAAUUGCUGCACUCGGCAUUGGACGGUGGCGGCAGGGAUGGGAUGAGGGUUUACACUGUUGUCGUUUUGGAAACUGAUGAUGGGAAGGGAAUGAGGGUUGUGGUUGGUAAGCACCGGCAUGCUUGGCUGGUGGGGAAGGUUGACGAGGCUGAGGCUGUAUCAGUUAUGGGGAAGGUAUUUGCCAAGUAUUUCAUGAAUGGCGGUAUUGAGGAGGGGGAGGCGGGCAUUGGCAAAGGCGAGUUCAUGCCAGUUGGAUCAGAUGGGAAUGUUGUUCUGUCCUUUAGCUUGUUGAAUGCUGAUCCUAGCGAUUGGGUGUAUGAUUGGGAGUUUGAAAAGAUUGGUGAGAGGAUGUUGAAUCCUUUGGUUGAGGCACUGCGACCAAUUGCAGAAAUUAAUAUAGAGAGUCAGGUUCUGUACCACACUCCAAAGUCGUCCUAUUCUUAUUCUGAUGAUAAACUGGGUGGCAACGUCCUUAGUAUGGGAGACAUUCCUUUCUUUGUAAAUUCAAAUGAGUGGCACUUGGAUACAUCAAUUUCAGCUACAGGGCGAUCAAAAGUUCUUCAAUUUGUGGUAUACAUUCCAUCUGCAAGGGAAUGCCCAUUGUAUUUGCAACUUCCUGAUGGCGGGCUUUCAAAAACUAAUGCAUUUGUAUCCCCAAUGUGGGGAGGUGUUCUUAUCUGGAACCCACCGGACUGUUCACUUGGUUCCAAGAAGACUCAGGUGACCCGGAAGAAAAUGUCAUCUCAGGAACUUAUGGAGACUCUUGAAAUCUUCAUUGGGCAACUAAGGCAGUUGUUUGGUCUAAAACCAAAUUAUCUUGCACAAGACAUGGACGGGAUACCUAAAUUUAUAGCUAGUGAAAAGGGAUUCACAGAAUGGGAGUUAGAUUUAUUAUAUCGACACCAUGCAUGUUCCAAUCUGUUGUCAUGUCUCACCACCUUGGAGUCUCUUUCGAGUCUGGUCCAAUCUCUUCCGAGAAUGAUUGUCAUGGAUGAAAUUGGAAGACAGGUUGAGCUUUCUCUUGAAGCUGCAAAUUUAGCUCAACAAAACGCAACUCUAGGAAUAAGUGACUCUUCAGCAGUAUCUGCAACAAGAGCGAGGGCAUUGGCUGAGGAUGCAUUUUUCCAUCCAUCCAUUAUGUCAAUCAGUUAUGCUUCAAUAGAGCAUUAUUUUGCAAUUUAUAUGCCAUUUUUUGCACCAGUUUCCUUGCAUGUGCUGCUGGCGGCAAUCAAAGAGCUAAAACGUUACAAGAUAGAGCGAGCAAAAUAUUCAACAUUUCUUGCUUCCCAGGCCACAUCCUCCUGAUCUCGAGCAGCGUCACUGCCUGGUGCAUCGGACAAGUUUGACAGAUGAUGGGAGGUUGAUGUUCGUUAUUGGGACUGUCACAGCCGAGAUCUGACUUAUUCUGGUGCUCACGGAAAUGGCUGGGACGUUCAGCUGAUGAUAGGCAGAGAAGUAGACAUACAGGGGUACUUGUAAAGCUAGCUGCAAGUUGUAGCAUAGUGGAUUUUGCUACUACAGGUGAAAGGUAUCUUGUAACCCAGAUUCUAUUCUUAGAUGCCUCAUGCCUGCUUACAUGGAAGAUUUUUUCGUUUUAGAAAGAACGCGCAUGUUUCAGACCAGAGUUGUUGUGAUUGCUAAAACAUCGAUGUACUUAUCUGAGUGUUUGACAACCGAGCGGACCGGUGUUGGUCAAGUAAUAAUAACUGAAAGGUUCCGCUUGA